AUGGCCAGUGUUAGCGACAAGCUGUGGCCCUCCAUCCCGGCACACUGGCGACACCUGAAAGCGUUUCGAGAACGCUUAUCGGAGGCGCUCGCUGAGCGCCAACACUAUCGACGGCAGCGUGAGCGUCUAGGAGCAGCGUACGCUUCCCAGCAGCGAGAAGCGUCUGCCGAAGGGCUCGCACCUGCGUUCGUGCUAUCCUCUGGCACCGAGGUGGAGCAACUGCAGCGCCUUGUUCAGGAAGUUUUCAAUGUUCUAUCGGAACGUCCCCGAGAUGCUCGCACCGACGCUGGGCGGCUUUCACGGGAUCAGCUGCGGGGUGCUCGUUACUACCUACCGUACUAUGCCGUGGUACGACUACGAACUGCAAUAGAUAUGCUGCUUUGGCUUCAUGGAAAGUAUUCCGCAGAGGUUUCCGAAGGUAUACUGGCGCCUUCGCAGGAUACCAUUGCAACGGGGACCGGUUCUAAGUUACCCGUAACGUGGAGCAUGGACGAACGGCCUGACAUAGCCGACAGUCGCAGCGAACGAGCACGUGUCUCGCUCCGUGGCGCACCCGUGCGAUAUCCCCAAACGCAUAGAGAACCUUUUCCGAUACCCACAGAAGACAUGAGCAGCCGUUUCGUCCUAAACUCGCUGCUUCGAGAGGCCAUCCAAUUAUCGGAUGCCGCUUUUUUCGUCGAGCGCUUUCGCAACCUACAAGUAGAACCUGGUCUGGUCGAGAUUUGGCACGUCCUAGUUUCGAGCCUUUGUCUGUUAACAGACGCAGAGCGUUCAGGCUCCAUGGACAGAACCGCAAGACCAAGCGUCCCGUGCAGGCGUCAUGAGCACGUUCUGCAUAGCAUGAUCGCGAUCCAGCGGUGGCGAGCGGCGGUCCGACUCAGGGAGCCCGCGUCACCGUGGUUUGCCUCAGCGACUUGUGUGGCUUUCAUGCUUUUCGAAGGCUUUCGUCGCGCUUCAGCAGCUUUUGACGAUCAAACGCGCGCACUUGCCUACUUCGGAGACCUCCUGAAUAUCAUAGAACUCAUGACGGAGUUACCAGGUCUGGGACUGCUGCAACGAUUAUCAACGCUGAGGGCGUGGGAACUGAUGUUCCUCAUAUGCUGCAGUGAGAGCAAGUUGUGGAAUGUGCGAAUACCGCCACGGCAAGCAGAAACGAAUGCAUCUGCCGUUUUCCAUGCGGGUGCUUCUUUUGCUGCUGGUUUUUAUGAGCGUCUGGUACGUCCUUUGCACGAAUUUCGCCUUAGUGAGGGUUUAGACGCGCGUCAUACUUCGUAUGCGGCUGAUGACGCGCUCCUGCUCGCAGAGCAUUGCGGGGAACUCGCGAUGCAGACCCUCAGAGCGGUCAUCUUCGACAACGCCCACGGAGCAGCGUAUAAGCGUGCUGUGGUCUCGCUGCUUACCCAACUGAUGUUUGAGCUUGGUCAGGCAUCGCGAACAUCGCGCACCCGACUGACGCGAGCCACGCUAUGCAAGCAGAUCUUGGAUGCAAGCGGAGAUGAUUAUGGUGUUCUCGAUGGGGCGCUUCUGUGUCUGCCACUUCAACGUGGCAUUGAUGCUGGCGGGGUGGGCGUACACACCCCAAGCGGCGGCAUCCUGCGCUGGCACCUGCUCCUGGAACCUGUGGACGAUUCGGUCACUGCGCAGCAUACGUACAUUGACCUGUUGAUGCAACGUGCUAUGGUGUGGCGUUCACUGCCCCGCUUUCCGUGGUUGGUACUUUUCCUGGUUCACCAAGUUGCCUUGUCGAGUUUUGAACAAGUCGGCUACCUGGAUCGUCUUGACCAACCCACAAGACAACUUGUGGCGCUCUACAGACAACGAAUGCGCUCCAGCAGUCAACCAUCGAAGGAUGCGGUUCCCACGCGAGCCCCUCUUGUAAGCGUCUCAGGUCCUGGUGUCGAGGAAGGUUGCGGGAACGCGCACGACCCCGAGACGCAUACCACAUUCGUGCAGGUGCGUGCCGGUGACGUUGCACACGCCGUCCUCAGCGCCAUACACAGUGAUACCGUUUCCGCAGUCGUUCAACCUGCCCAGCAGUUUCUAUGGGACGUUUUCGAGAGCGCUUCGCCGGACAACGCGGAAGCCUGCCUGUCUGUCUGA